CCAAUUCCUCAAUUACUCUCUUAUAUUUUUCUCUUUUCUUUCUAUGACUGAGAAAAAGAGAGACUAUUUGUUUGUUUGGCAUUAACAGCGACGAGAGAAGCUGAGAUGGAAGGCAGCUGCCUCUGACUCAAACUCUGACACACCCCUUCGGAAAUGAAGUCUUCUCCCUAUCUAACUUUCUCAUUUUAAUUUGAACAUACAUCUUAUCUAGGAUCUUCCCUUGUUUUUGCUGUUGUUACUGAUCUCUUCAUCUUAACAUCACCAUCGUUGAAAAAAAAGACCCUUGUACCUUACUCUAAUACUCUCUCUCUUCUCUGGUAAAAUUUGUCUGUUUGUUGGUUAGUGAACAAUAGAACCAGGCAUACCUUUUGAUUUUCCUAUCUUCUCAGAUCCAACCCUUUGUCUAUCUCCCAACCUGUUUGGUGAGACUUGGUGUUAAUGGACUGGAGCUUAAGUAUGAAUGAAAAUUGGUACUCUGACUGCUUUGCUGGGACAUGGGUUAUCUUUAGGUUUAGACUGCUUUGAUUCAAUAAGUAGCUAGGGGCCCUAUUAGUUUUGUGGGAAGUUAGUAGCUUUUAUAUUGUAUCACUGCUUUGAUAAAAAUAAGGAAGCAGUGUUUGUUCUUGUACAUACUUGAGGUUCUUGGCCUUUUAUGGCAAAUUUCAAUCAAUACUAAAGUAUAAAAAUUUCUCGUGAUAAGCACAAAUGGGUGGGCUUUGCUCGAGGAGAUCCACUGUAGAUAAUGCUCCCUGUGGAGGCUUCCCACAUGUUAAUGGCCAUAUUGGUCAAAGGACUGGAUUAGUUUUUCAGACCCGUGAACUUCCUGCUAAGAUAAACGCCAAAUCAAAUCCCCCUCCAGCUGAGGAUAAUGCAGACAUGGUGUCUGGAGAACCGUUCUCCUUCCCAGAGAUCAGUACAGCUCCAUAUGGGACAAGUGCAGAUGAUAUCUAUGAUGGAAUUCCUCGUUUGUCAAGGGUGCUAUCAGAUAAAUCGAGAUCAGCAAAAUCUAAGCAGGUUACUGCAGCAAAAGUUUCUGAGGUUGGCUCUCUUUUAGGUAGAGCUGGUACUGCUGGGCUUGGAAAGGCUGUGGAAGUUUUGGACACCCUUGGUAGUAGCAUGACAAAUUUGAACCUCAGCAGUGGCUUUACCUCAGGGGUAACGACAAAAGGGAAUAAAAUAGCAAUUCUAGCUUUUGAAGUUGCAAAUACGAUCGUUAAAGGUGCCAAUCUGAUGCAAUCGCUUUCUAACGAGAACAUCAGACAUUUAAAAGAGGUGGUCCUUCCAUCAGAAGGAGUGCAAAAUUUGAUAUCAAGAGAUAUGGAUGAACUCCUGAGAAUUGCAGCUGCUGAUAAGAGGGAAGAGUUAAAAGUUUUUUCUGGAGAAGUGGUACGUUUUGGCAACCGUUGUAAAGAUCCUCAGUGGCAUAAUUUGGAUCGUUAUUUUGAAAAGUUGGGUUCUGAGCUUACACCUGAGAAGCAAUUGAAGGAUGAAGCAGAGGCAAUAAUGCAACAAUUGAUGUCUUAUGUUCAGUAUACAGCUGAAUUAUAUCAUGAGUUGCAUGCCUUGGACAGAUUUGAACAAGAUUAUCGACGGAAGCUUCAGGAAGAGGAUAAUUCAACUGCUGUUCAAAGAGGAGACAGCCUAGCAAUAUUAAAAGCAGAAUUAAAGAGUCAAAAGAAGCAUGUGAGAAGUUUGAAGAAAAAAUCUCUUUGGUCAAGGAUUUUGGAAGAGGUCAUGGAGAAGCUUGUAGAUGUUGUUCAUUUCUUGCACUUAGAGAUUCAUGAGGCCUUUGGCAGUGCUGGUGGUGAUAAACCUGUUAAAGCUUCUGUUAGUAGUCAUAAGAAGUUGGGAUCUGCUGGUCUUGCAUUGCACUAUGCCAAUAUCAUUACUCAAAUUGAUACCCUUGUGUCUCGGUCAAGUUCUGUGCCCCCUAAUACGAGGGAUUCAUUAUACCAAGGUCUGCCGCCUACAGUAAAGUCUGCUUUGCGGUCCAGACUGCAGUCAUUUCAGAUAAAAGAAGAGCUGACUGUCCCACAAAUCAAAGCUGAAAUGGAGAAAACAUUGCAGUGGCUAGUUCCCAUUGCCACUAACACAACCAAAGCUCAUCAUGGGUUUGGCUGGGUUGGAGAAUGGGCAAAUACUGGGUCUGAGGUGAAUCGUAAACCUGCUGGCCAAACUGACUUGCUCAGGAUUGAAACGCUACACCAUGCGGACAAGGAGAAAACUGAAGUUUAUAUUCUCGAUUUGGUAGUGUGGCUUCACCAUCUUGUUACCCAAGUGAGGGCUUGCAAUGGCGGAAUCAGGUCUCCUGUUAAGUCUCCAAUUAGGUCCCCUAAUCAGAAGAUGGUUCAACUAACUCAGAAACCUACAUCUCCAAUGUUGACGGUCGAAGAUCAGGAGAUGCUUCGAGAUGUUAGUAAGAGGAAAAACACACCUGGAAUAAGUAAGAGCCAGGAAUUUGACACAGCAAAAACUAGGUUAAGCAAGCACCAUAGGUUAAGUAAAAGUAGUAACCACUCUCCUACAAGUGAAACUAAGAAAGAUCCCUUCCCUAUUCGGAGGCUGUCUUCAGUUCCUUUCAUCGACUUUGAUAUUGACCGGAUCAAGGCAUUGGAUGUCAUUGAUCGAGUUGACACACUCCGGAGUUCGUAAUUACAUAUUGAAUUGAGAUUCCUUUGCAAAAGAAGAGGCCUUUUGCUUGUGUAAAGAGUCCAUCUGCUGCUCCAUUUUCCCAUUUGGCGUCCUAAACGCUAAGUGGUUGGCUAUAUUUUUGGUGAGUUACCAGCAGUUGGUGCUGUGUGACACAAGCUGUUAACUAUUUUUUCUUUUUGCAUGUGAAAAGUUAAGGGGGUGAUUAAAUGAAUUGUUCAAGCCUCGAAAUCAAGUGAAAUUAAACUGUUUCAGAAUUAAACUGAAUUCAAGGCUAUAGUUAGUUUUCUCUUUAGUUCUAUGUGUACAGAAUAUUUUAUCACAAUAAGUAACAAUUUCUGCUCUUGUCUUUCCUUUUA